AUGCCUGUUAGUAAUAAGAAUGAUGUUGAAGCAUCUGAUAAGACUUUUAAUAAAAAAACAAAGGUCGAUGAUACCCGUGUGGUAGUAAUAUCAGAAGUUAGAUUUGAAUUACGUGAUAAGAUUUUCACAGUGACAACAGAUAAUGAUAAGAACAUGCAAAAGGUUGUUAGGGAUUUAAAACAAACAAUCGAAAACAUAUCAUGGCAACCGUGCGCAGCACAUACCAUUCAACUAGUAAUCGGAGAAGUAUUGGAACCUAUCAAUAUUCUGGCUGGCCGUGCCAAACGUUAA